AUGGCUCCCAAAAAGAAAGAGCAGCAGAAGAUGUCCCUCGGGGCCUUCUUGACUGAUGAGAAGAUGGGAUCAUGGGCUGAUGAGAUGGAGGACAUGCCAGUUUACUCUAGAACUGGCUAUGGGUCAGAAAGACGCACUUAUAAUUCCAACACUGGCACUUAUGGAGGUGCUUCCAUGGGAGGAUACUCCGUCCGUGAGGAACUUCCGCUUCCCGAUAAGCCACCUUAUACCGUCCAUUUGGGCAAUCUGUCUUUCGAUGCCACUGUUGGCGAUGUCACCGACUUCUUUGCUGACUGCGAAUGCACAAAUGUCCGAAUCAUCGAAGACAAACUUGAGAUGAAACCCAAGGGAUUUGGCUAUGCGGAGUUUGGCACUUUGGAUGGAUUGAAGCAGGCCUUGACUCUCAAUGGCUCCCAGUUCCAAGGACGCAAUAUCAGAAUCAGCGUUGCAGAUCCACCAAAGGACAGAGACCGCCCGGAUGCGCGAGUAAUUACUGAUUGGAGCAGAAAGGGCCCAUUGCCAGAUCUGCCAAACCGUGGUGGUGCUGGCGGUGGCCGUCGAGAGUCAGAACGUGAUUUUGGGUCUGACUUUGGUGACCGUAAAGAACGAUUUCCAGAAGGUGACGGCAAGGUUCGUGACUUCGGAAACUGGGAGCGUAAAGGUCCAUUGUCCCCCAUGCCGCAGCCAGAUCGUGGUCUAAGGGAAGGUGGCCGUCCACGAGACGACGGACCCCGACCCGAGGGCUUCAUGGAGCGAAAGGCUUCCCCUGCCGCAUGGGGCGAAGGUCGUCCACAAGGCUCCCAGGAUGGUUCCAGGCCACCAAGACGCGAGUUCCAGGAGAGGCCAGCAGUCGACCGUGCUCCUACCGCUGCGGAACAGGAUAGCCAGUGGCGAACAAAGAUGCGUCCUGACGCCCCAGCAGCAAAGUCCCCGGUACCUUCUCGCGAUGGUAGCGAGGCACCUUCCUCACCUGCUGCUACACCUGCUACCUUGGCCGCACCAGGAGGCCGACCCAAACUGAACCUUGCCAAGCGGACAGUCUCCGAGGCUCAAGAUCUGCCAUCUCCAGCUUCGGCAUCCGGGGAUGCCAAAUCCAGCCCAUUUGGUGCUGCUCGCCCCAUUGAUACUGCUGCUAAGGAGCGGGAAAUUGAAGAGAAGCGAUUGGCUGUACUUCGGGAGAAGAAGGAAGCCGAUGAGAAGGCCAAGCAGGAGCAGAAGGAAGCUGCUAAAGCCAAGGCUGAAGCAGAAAAGCAAGAGAGCGCUGAAGCAGCCGAAAAAGUUGAGCAGAAAGCCGAAGGCGACGAAGCAGCGACUGUCGAGAAGGAGGAUCAGAAUGGAACUGUCACUGACGACAAGGCCGUGAAACCAAAUACGAUUGUUCGAGAUGCGAAGCCUGCCAGAUUAGCAGAUACCGGCACCUGGAGACGAGCAUCUGGAGGACCCCCAACUCCUCGCGAUGAUAUCCCGCGCGGCCCCAGAGGUAGAGGAGGCGCCAGAGGCAGGGGUGAUGGUCGCGGGCCAAGAAAUUAUGAUGACAGGCCAGCAAGGCAAAACACGAAUGGAGGAGCCUCACCCGCAAGUCCCGCCCAGCCACCUGCUGACUCCGAAACUGCAGCUCUUGAGGGAGAUGGCUGGAGCACCGUCUCCAAGCCAAAGAAGGGCGGUCGUGGAGGCAACCAAGCCGCCCGCGCAAUUGCGUCUUGA